AUGACCCUCAUGGAGCCUGUGGCUCGCUUCGUGCGGUCACUGUUGGCAUGGAUCGAAGCGGCCCCCGUUCAUGUCCUCGUUGUCGGUUUCAUGUUGCUCUUUCUGCUCGGCUUUUCCUGUCUUUUCGUCCUUCUUCACCUUGUAGCGCCGAGGCCCCGACGCGUCCUGCCGUCCGAGAAGACAUACAUUACAUCCAGCCCCUCGGGUAAGCCAACCACAGCUCGACGGCUGCCAUGCUGGUACGACCGCUGGCUAGCCGAACGUCGCCUCCAGGAGCAAAACCAUGUUCGCCCGCGAGAAGCGUAUCCAACGCCGAGUUCCGGCAGCAUUGAGCCCGCCGAAUUGCGACUGAGCGUCGUGUUCCCUGCAUACAACGAGGAGGAUCGAAUUUUGCCCACGUUGGAAGAAGCUGUAGAGUAUUUGGACAAGCACAUCGGGCGAAACACCGCCACCAAAGAGCCAUUCAGCCCCGCCAGCCGGCGCCAUCAGCGCGGACAUUCGAAUGCUUCCAAGUCGGACACGGCGCUGGGAGGCUACGAGAUUCUGGUCGUCAACGAUGGGAGCAAGGACAAGACUGUGGAGGUGGCACUCGACUUUGCUCAUAAGCAUGGCCUCCAUGACAUGCUUCGCGUCGUGACCCUGGUUAAGAAUAGGGGCAAGGGCGGGGGCGUCACCCACGGUCUACGCCAUGUGAGAGGCGAAUACGUCUUGUUUGCCGAUGCCGAUGGCGCCUCCAGGUUUAGCGACGUGGGCAAGCUGAUCGAGGGCUGCGAAGAGGUCAUGGAUGGUUCCCUGCGAGGUGUUGCCAUUGGUAGCCGCGCUCACCUGGUUGGCAGCGAAGCGGUGGUCAAGCGCUCGGCCCUGCGCAACUUUCUCAUGCGAUCUUUCCACCUGGUCCUCACGAUCCUUACUCCGCCUGCAACCUCACGGAUCCGCGAUACCCAGUGUGGCUUCAAGCUGUUCUCGCGCGAGUCCCUCCCCCACAUCGUACCGUACAUGCACACCGAGGGCUGGAUCUUCGACAUUGAGAUGCUGAUGCUUGCCGAGUCGGCACCCGCCACCCCCGUCCUCGGUAGUGACGGCAGUGUUAUUGGCACGAGUCCCGGGAUCAAGGUUGCCGAGAUGCCCAUCGAGUGGCAUGAAGUGGGUGGCAGCAAACUGAACGUGAUCCAGGACAGCAUCAAAAUGGCCAUCGGACUGGCCGUCUUGCGAGCGAGCUGGAUGAUGGGCGUCUACCGAAGACGAUUAACAUAG